AUGGACUCAUCAGGGUCCUCCUCCAAGAAGCAGCAGGUUGAUGAAGUUCGAGAUAUAAUCAGCAACCCACCGAUGUCAUUAUUGUGGAUAUCUGCCCUUCUAAACCGAGGAGUCAAAGAGCUUUCAAUAGAAUCAAACAGAAAUCUUGAGAUUUCCACACAUUCUCUUUGCAAAAUCCCA